AUUUUAGCGGGUAAUGUUGCAGUUUCACUGUUUCAGCGCCAUUUUCUUGGUUUUUUUUUUUUUUUUUUUUUUUUUUUUUUUUUUUUUUUAAAUUUUUAAUUUUUUAUGAGCAAUAAAUUAUUUACUACUCUAUUAUUCCAAGGAUUAUGAACCUGUUUUUUUUGGGCUCAAGGUGACAAUGUUUUCCAUUAAUUAGGUGUUUUUUUUAAAAAAAAAAAUGUAAGUUUGAGUAUAUUAACGGAUUUUGAAUUAAACUAAAAUUUUUCCCUCAAAAGGAAAAAUUAAAAGUUUGAGUAUCACAAUUUAGAUUUUUGUUUUUUAUUAAAUUAAAAGUGAUUGUUUUUUGUUUCUUACCUAUUUUAAACUAAUACUUGUAAUUGAUUUUGAGUUGAUCUCCUAUCAAAUGACUUAAUUAAACUUUAUGAUAAAAUGUAUUAACUUAUAUUUUUGUAGAGUAUUUCAUAUUUUAUACUUAUUUUUAUUUUAACCCAUAUAUACAGAUAUAAUUAGAUUUAUAGAUCAUAUUAUGCAUUGAUACAUGUUAAACUUUUAAAUUUAAUUUUAACUAUACAAAACACGACACAACCACGGGCGCACGAGACAGGACAAAAUGGACAAUUGUACACCCCGGCCCCCAACUUCAAUUUCACUAGAAAUCAUUUUUUUACACCCAAACAAAAAAGGCGGCUAAUCCCAAAUAACCCAAUUUCCCGCGCUCACCCCAAAUCAAAUCACUCAACCGACGGUGUCACAACUUCACUACCGGAAACUUACAACACAUCAGAGACAAAAUGGCUGCAACUACACCGUUAAUGGCGGAACCUACGGCGGCGGCGAUGAACUCCAAUGAGUCGAUGAAGAUUGCAAUCGCAAUGGCUCUUCUCCGAUCAAAGCUUCUCUCUCAACCUCACUCUUCUCUCUCCUCUUCUGCUUCUCGUACCUUCCAUUGGAAGCAAAAGGCGAAAAAUCGUAAGCAGGAAAUUCAACGACUCUCAGAUGAGCUCAAACGUCUCGAAGAUGAUUUAGGUCGUGAUUUAUAUCCGGAAAGUGCGUCCUGCAAGUGUUAUUUUUUCAAUAAUUUGCAAAUUGUAAGCCCUAAGAAGUUUAUGGAUGGAUCUGAUCAUCGGCUGAAUGAUGUUCUUCGUUGCAGAUUUCUCAGAUUAGUACGUUUGCAUAAGAGAAUAAAAACAAAGACGAUCAAUUCGAUUGAUCAACGAGCUUUUUCAGGUUCUAGUGCAUCUCAAAACAUUCAUUUAGUACUAAUGUUCGGUCUUGUUCCUGAGUAAUGUAUGUAAUUCAUAUUGAAAUGGACAAUGCUUGAAAUUGUGGAGGAAAUUGAGUUUGGAUCAGAUUAUAGAAAGUUUCUGUCUGCUUGUAAUUUGUAAUCAGAAUAUUACAAGGAAAAGGAGGUAGAAAAGCUGAAGAUAUCGGCUGAGUUUCUCGUGGAUCUUUGUGAGACAACUAGCAUGGUGAAGAGACCUAAUUUUGCAAACUUGGCACAUCAAGCUGUGGAAUUCAUUCUAGGUUCUGUGAGUCAAGUAUUGGCAACGGGGAAGGAUAUGGCUGUUACUGAUGGAAUUAUCAGCAACUUGAUUGUUUGUCUGAUCAAAAGGACUUGCACACCUCUAGAAAAUGAGCUAUGUGACCCUGAAACUGAUUCGCAAAUUCAUAUUCAGCACAUUAUUCGUAUGCUUGGAAAUGUGUCCUAUGUAGGACAGAGGGUCUUGCUUUCUGUCUGCCACAGGAUAUCUGAACCAGCAGAACGGUUGCUCUCGCUGGAUCCGUUUGAUGAGUCUUUUCCCCAGAUACAUGAUUCAAUGUUUGUGAUGAUUCAGCUUAUUGAGUUUCUAGUGUCAGACUACUUAGUCACCUGGUCAAAAGAUGAAGGUUUUGAGAUUAGGUUGUUUGAAGAAUGGCUGAUUUCAUUUCUUCAUGCUCGUAAAACAUUGCAAUCAAUGGAGAAGAGGUCAGGGCUUUAUUCGCUUUAUUUGGACCGAGUAACUGGAGAGUUGGCUAGACAGGUUGGCCAAGUAUUGUCUCUCCAGAAACUCAACCAAGAUAUACUUGAUGAAUUGUUUAGCUAAUUUAGGCCUCUGUAUUAUAAAUAUUUAUAUAGUCUUGGAAAAUCCAUCAAAUUUCAUUACUGUUGCUAUUUUUGUAGAAUGUCCUCCAUUUACAAAGCUUAUGCCAUUCAUUAUAGGUAGGAAAACCAAAUUGCUGUAAAGUGUGAACAAUCACAAGGGAGCCUAUAUUAUCCAAAAAAAAGUGUCAUAUUUACUGGGAUAUCAUGUAUUUCACCACAACGGACCUAGCUUGCAUUUGCCCCUCCUUC